UUCCUCUCCAGCCCUUCACUAUCUCUCAGCUGACAUCUCUUUAGCCAUGAGGUGGGAUUUGCCAUCCUGGGUCCGGUUGUUUUUUCACCUUGCAUUGCUGUAGAAGCGAUGAGGGAUGAGCAGAGGGUCCCUGGGGUGUGAAGGAGCACAUGGAAACCCAGGAGCACGAAGAGUCAGCCUUCAAACCCUUCUGCCUGCCACCUCUUUGCCUCCUUGGCUGUGAGCUCAGCUGCUCUGGGAAGCAGCCAGCCUGCAUUAGGAGAGGCCAUGGUUAACAGCAGAGGUUCAGCCUCGAGUCUGUCUGGUCAGAGCAGGAGCUGCAGAACAGCUCGUUUGUGCUGUGUUACACUCCUGUGUUUUCUCCCUUUGAACUGCUUGGGAAGGGAGGCAGAGGAAGCUGUGGGAGCCCCACCCUGGUGCACAUCCAAGGGACUGCUGGACACAGUGGUGGCUCAGCUCACCCUGCUGCAAAUGGGGAGUUUCUGCUCAGGAACAUCAUCAACUGAUGAGUGGGUUUGAGACAAGCUUCCCUUCCCUGCAUUAAAACUGAAAAAAAUUUCAAAGAGAGGCAAAGAAAGUUGUUUGCCACCAAUGCCUCGGGAGCUCAGAGAUGCCACUGAGGCAGUGUCACCUCGAUACCUGCCUGGUGUCACCCCAAACCUGCUCACUCUGCAGGGCUGGAGCAGCAUGAGUGGCUGGGUUAGUCCUACACUGCAUCCAGGGACUGAACUGCUCAGCUCCAGGGCAUUUCUGUCUCUGUUUUUGUACCAAAAAUCCAGCUACUGUGGGUUGGGGGUGCUUCCAGAUGCCUCAAAGGUUGGCAGCUGUCUUCAAAAACAGCUGUAAAGUCUCAAGGAUCUGAAAAAAAGUCUGGAAAAUAGGAAACUUCUGAUAAAAAUAGGAUCAGAACCGUUGUUUCAAAUUAAUGAAAGAGUGCUGAGAAAUAAUGAGGAUGGAGAGUUUUUAACAUGGGGACAAAACAGGCAGAGGGUUACAUUUUCUUUUUGUUUGAAGUCCCAUCUGUAGCUGCAGUGCUACCACAGGUUGGGUCUGGCAGAUGCUGGAGGUGUCAAACUCUGAUCCCUUUCACUGGCAAACCAGGGUGGAGAUUGCCUGGGAGUGCACUCCAAGUGGAAUCCAAUGCAGAGGGAAGAGGCACCUCCCAAUUCUCCCAGUGCUCCCAGUGCCCCAGGACUCUGGUAAUGCCCAGGAUCUGUGCUGGUGCUCCGGGGCUGAGCCGAGUUCCAGCCCUUGGGAAGAUGCUGAGGAGCAAUGGUGAAGAACAGAGCCAAUGAGCACCAACCUCUGUAGGGCUGUCCACUCCCCAGAGGUAACUCAGAGCUCAGGGAAGUCUUCCCGGCAGGAAGGUCUGAGUCAUAAAGAAAGUGAGGAGAAGGGAGAGGACAAGGUGACAAGGACUGGGCUGAAAUGGGGAAGCAUCGUGUGGCUGCAACGGCACCUGGCCGGAGAUGUUAGUGCCAUGGAUUGGUGACCAUCCUCAGAGUCCAAGAGCAUUUUCUGGGGUGAUUUGCACCUCCAGCAUCGAGGGGAGAGGAACUCUUGAGCAGUGGGAUGUGUGUUGGGAAGAGGAUGAGUCCUUGGUAGGCGGGUGCCUGACCAUGCCGAGCAUAUUCUCCUACCAGAGUGCCGAGGUGGAUUGGUGUGAGAGCAACUUCGUGCGCUCGGCGGUGAUCGCCGAGUACUACAACACCAUCAGCAAUGUGAGUUUCUUUGUGCUGUCCCCUGCUCUGCUGUACCUGAACCGGCAGUACUGCCAGAAGAAGGCUGUGCCCCUCUACUUUGUCUCAGGGCUGCUCCUCCUCGUAGGUCUCUUCUCCAUGUACUUCCACAUGACCCUGAGCUACGUGGGACAGCUCUUAGAUGAGCUCUCCAUCCUCUGGACAUUGGCUGUGGCUUAUUCCUUCUGGUACCCACAGGCUUACUUCCCCAAGUGCAUCAAGACCAGGAAGCAUUUCUUCUGGCUGACUGGGAUCACCACCGUGAUCAGCACCUUCAUGUCCUUCAUCAAGCCGACCCUCAAUGCCUACGCCCUGAACUGCAUCGCCUUCCACCUGCUGUACAUGACCUGGAAGGAGCUCAAGAAGUGCAACGACAGGCGGGUGCACCGCAUGGCCGCUGUCAUGGUGAUGUGGUGGGCACUGGCCAUCACCAGCUGGAUCAGUGACCGCUGGCUCUGCUGGCUCUGGCAGGCCAUCAACUUCCCCUACUUCCACAGCUUCUGGCACGUGCUGAUAGCCAUGUCCCUGCUGUACUGCUGCCCGCUCGUCAUCUACUUCGACGUCAGCUACGAGAUGCCCUCGUUCAAGCCAAAGCUGGAAUACUGGCCCAGUGACUCGUGGCCUGUUGUGGUGCCCUAUGUCACCCUGGAGGAGCCCCACAAGCAGUGCUAGAGCUGGGUGUCCUCAGGCCUACCUGGGGCUGAGUGAUGCUCACACAGGGAACACCUCGGUUGUGUUCCUCCUGUUCCUCAGGCAGGGUAGCAGAGGGGCCAGGGAGCAGCUGAGGCCUUGUGAUGCUGGGCAUGAAGCAAGGUGGGAGCCCACAGGUGCCUUGGAAAACUCUGCCCAGACUGGUGUUCAGGGAGCUGGAGAUUUCCUCCAGCAGAUUCCCAUGAGGAGGGGAGGGACACGGUGCUGCUUCUGUGUGCUCUGUGUUAGUCAAGCACCAGCACCCCUUGCUGACAAGGGCACAGCAGAGAACACUGAAGCCAAACACUGGUGACAGCUGGGUUUGUUGGGGCUGCUCUAAUUAUUAUUAUUAACUCUAUUUAUUGAUGUAUGAGGUCUUAUUCAGGAGAGCUGUGCAUUAAAGCUGUGGACACUGACUUACACUGAAGCCCUUUUUUUUCCUCUGACUGCACCACAUCCUCUCAUCUGCCAAUCACUCCCACAGACAGGGUGGCCAAAGCUCUCUCCGACCCAGGGAGAGAUGUUUAUAAAGAGAAAUCCUGGUGACAGCCCAGAAGAGGCUCUG